AUGGGUGGAUUUCCUUUUUCCGGUUCGGUGCGACGUCAUGUUUCCGGUCUAGGUGUCCUGCCAGCAUUGAGCAGCGCAGAGAGAACAGAGAGGCCCUACUUUGACGAUGUGUCACCGAGGAAUGUAUCGGCAGUGGUUGGCGAAUCGGCGGUGCUACGAUGUCGCGCAAAACACAUAGGAAAUAGAACUGUCUCAUGGAUGAGGAAGCGAGACCUGCAUAUUCUGACCUCUCACAUCUUCACCUACACUGGAGAUGCAAGGUUCAGUGUCCUACAUCCAGAGCCCUCGGACGACUGGGACCUGAAGAUUGACUACGUCCAGCCCCGAGAUGCGGGCGUCUACGAGUGUCAAAUCAACACUGAGCCUAAAAUUAAUAUGGCCGUUAUGCUUAGCGUUGAAGAUGAGUCCUUCACCCCCGCGCCCCAGCCUCCGCCCCGAUCCUCAGCUGCUGCAGCCACUAUAUGGGGGUCGCAAGACGUGUACGUAAAGAAAGGCAGCACGAUAUCGCUGACCUGCUCCGUCAAUGUUCACUCCUCGCCUCCCUCCAGCGCUUCAGUGCUGUGGUACCACGGCAAUGCUGUGGUGGACUUCGAUUCACCUCGAGGAGGAAUUAGCUUGGAGACAGAAAAGACGGAAGGCGGUACUACUAGCAAGCUGCUAGUCACUAAGGCUGCGCUGACAGAUUCUGGAAACUAUACAUGUGUUCCCAACAAUGCGCACCCGGCUUCUGUGUCCGUUCAUGUACUCAACGGCGAGCAUCCGGCCGCAAUGCAGACGAGUAACAGAGCGACGUACCUAACAUCUCAGCUGAGCUGUGCUCUCAUCACCUACCUGCUCUCCUCGAUGGCCGGCAGAUGA